CGCCCGAGCAGUUUCCACGGCUGGCCCUCCCGGAGGCCUCCAGGCCGCAGUGAGCGUGAGGGGGCCGGCGGCGGCGCGCCUGAGGGGCUGCUGGAGCAGGGGGCGGCAACCUGCGGCCCUCCAGGUGCUCACGGCCAAUCGGCCAUGCUGGCAGGGGCUGAUGGGAGUUGUAGUCCAUGAACACCGGGAGGGCCCCAGGUUGCAGGCCCCAAACCGCUCUCCUGGGCCGGUAUAAACCAGCAAGCUUCAAGCGGCCGAAAAAGCGCUGCGAGCCUCAGUUGAGUGGCCGUGGAAGAAGUUCCCAGGAAGGACGCGGAUGCUUCGCAGAGCCCCGUUCGCCAAUUCUUGGCAUUGGGAAGUGGGAUCACAAAGGGCCAGAAAAGAGGUGCCGCCAGCACAGCGGGUGGCUUAUAUUGGAAGAAUGAGUCUGCAAGCCGUCAAUGUAGAAAACAUUGGAGAUGGUUCUUCCACAGAGAACGUUGAUGUACAUUUUGCAUCUGUAGAGGCAACCAGCAAGCCUUCUGUUCUUUGCCCUUCGCAGAAAGAAAAUGUGCCACCCAAGGGUGUGGCGAAGAAUGUUAAGGUAACUUUUCAAAUUCCUGUAUGGGAUCUUCAGACUUGCAAGAGUCCAGGCACCAAGAAAAAAGAAGUGCAUCCUGUAAUAAAAAGCCAUGAGGAGGUUCCAGAGAAUUUUGGCUUGCAUACACCCAGUGUUGUGCAUCCACUAGCUGCUGAACAGGAUGCUGCUGCUGCUACGAAGGACAAAUGUACAGAAAUCAUGGGCUUGCAAGCAGGGACAUCAGAGCCAGGGUCUCCAGUUGCAAACAAAAUCUCCCAAGAAUAUGAAGAUGCCAAUGUAUCAAAACUGGAAUUAAUAAAAUUUGAUUUUUCUGGGACACCUUUGGUUGAACGAUCGCCAGCAAAACUAAGUAAGCAAGUAGAAAUGAAGACCCCUGUCCCGAAACCAGAUUCAAUUGACAGGAACUUGCUGAGCUGGACUGAGGAGGAAAGCAAGACUGAAACCGGGGAGAGUUUGGUCCCCAGAGUGUCUUCAGGGUUUGAUGCGGAUACGUCUGAUGAUCCUGACUUGAAGCCACUUGGGGGUUGCAAAAUUCAGAGUUCCCCUGAGAAGUCUGUGCUGGCUAUUGAAAGAGAUAAGAUCCCAGAGAAUAGCAUCCCAGCAAAAGGGGACUCUCCUGCAACUCAGCAGUGCAGUUCACCAGAUGAACCCAAGGCUGUAAGUCCACCUGAGGCACAGGAAAAGACUGCACAGUUGGCAACUGAAAGCAAAGUUCUGGCUGAAGCAGAAACGCCACCUGAUCCUUCAAGAGAACAGAAGGCAAGCCGCAGUAACUCCUCCCGUAAUGCAUUGUCUGAAAUGACAGCGAAUGAAGAAAAGGAGGAGUUCAGAUCUCCCAGAGAAAUUGUAGAAAUGAACAUAGACUACUUGGAGCAAUUUGGAAUGGCCUCGUUCAAGGAAUCUGCUUGGAGGAAGCAAUCUCUCUAUUUGAAAUUUGAUCCUUUGCUCACUGAAAGUCCUAAGAGAAUUGGUCCUCGUGCAGUUGAAACAGCACCUGCCAUUCCUGCUUUAUUAGGGCUGUGUACUGAAACCUCCCUUCAUGAAAUAAAAAUGCCCAAAUGCAACAAGCAGCUAUUAGACAUGAACGUCCUCGGAACAACCCCAGACCUGGCGGAGACAUCUCCCGGCAUGCCGACCACCAGCGAUCCUUUGCAGUUCUCCUGUGCUCCUGUGCCAACUGAGGCUAUCAUUGACGUGCUGAAAUAUAGCCAGAAGGACAUGGAUGUGGCUGUCGAAAAGAUUAAGAACAAGAUGGAUGCUGUUGUUCAAAAGCUUACUUCUGAGAUGCAAGAAAAACAGGCGGAAGCUUUGGAAUGGAAAGGAAAGUAUGAAAAGACCUGCAUCGAAACACAAGAAAUGGGGAAAAUACUUGCGGGAUUUGAAGGUACCAUAACACAAAUUGUGGAGGAUUCCGAGAACCAAAAGGAGCUGGCCAAAAAAGAGCUGCAGAAAGUGCUGGAGGAGAAACAGCAACUUCUCUGUGAUGUGAACUCCAUGGAGAAAUCAUUUGCUGACCUCCUUAAACGAUCUGAGAAACGCAAAGAGGCAAUAGAAGGAUUUCUAAAAAAUGAAGAGGCUCUGAAGAAAUGUGUGGAAGACCAAGCCGCCAGAAUUAAGCGGGAAGAGCAGAGAUACCAAGCACUGAAGGCACAUGCGGAAGAAAAGCUAAGCCAAGCCAAUGAAGAGAUCGCUCAAGUCAGGAGCAAAGCCAAAGCAGAGCUGAUGGCGUUGCAGGCCAGCUUGCGCAAGGAACAAGUGAGAGUCAAGUCACUGGAGAGACUUGUGGAGCAGAAGGUGAGGGAAAAUGACGAACUCACCAAAAUCUGUGAUGACUUGAUUUCAAGGAUGGAGAAAAAUUAGUAAAUUGUCUGUUUUGUCACUGUUUCAGACUUUGUAGGUUCGAGACCCAACUAUGCAAGAUUUCAUGUGCUCUAGUCUGACUUUCUCCCUGUAGUUUUUCUAAAGCUAUAUGAGCCGAAAGUGUACUGAAAACCUGUUUUUCCUUUUGUAAAUAAAACUUUGCAUCAGUAUA